AUGAGCGUAAUCAACGAGUGGCUUGACGAUAUCAACAUAAUCGACCUUCGAGAUGAGGACAGCCUUGAGAGCACUGGACUGCCUACCCAGCCAUCUCCUUCCAAACAAAGAUACGACACAAAUUCCUCGUGGACCAUGGACAACCAAAAAAGUCAACGUCACGAUGUAAAAGAUUCAGAGAACGACUUCGAUCCUGUUCCAAACUCUUUACCAUCCUGUAUCGCUCUUACACUUUCUUCUGAGGCGAAAUCAUCCUACCAACGAUCGCUUAACCCGGAACAACGUAAAGCCAUCCUAGCAAACGCGACACCAAAAGUAUGCUAUAUCAACGAGCUAGAUGCCCUAUUGCUGGCUCAAUGUCAGACUUACGAAAGUUUCUUGCGAGUAAUGGCUCGAGCGAUUGGGAGCCAGCCCCCGCACGAAAUCCGGGAGAUCCUUACUGGCUCUCGUAAAUGA